AUGGAUGAUGUUUACAAUGGAUGGAGGUUUUUGUGGGCCCACGUACCCGUUUGGGAUUUCAAAGGAAAUUUUGAUGGAGUAGAAUUUGUCGAAGAUGAAACCCCAAAUCCAGACGUGAUUCACAGGGUUAUUCUGUGGCACAAGGCCAAAACAGUGCGUACUCUUCGGCUCCGCCAUAUAGACUGCAACAAGUAUCAACUAGAGACAUGGAUCUCCACUGCCAUUGAGCGUAAAAUACAGAAUCUUUAUCUCGACUUUGUCUACACAAGAAUUGUUAAGUUGCAUAGACCCCUCUUCAACUGCAAAACCGUGGUUGGCAUGGGGCUCGGUAACUGCAGAGGCUUCUCUUCAACUGGGGACAUAUGUUUGCCUAGCCUUAAGAAACUUCAUCUUCAUUAUGUUGAGUAUGAGGAUGAUGAAGCCCUUCCGCACUUGCUUUCUGGUUGUCCUUUGUUCCAGGAGUUGAUCCUCAAUUUCCCCGAUGAAGAAACUGAUACGAACUUCUUGAAUGUGUCAUCAUCCACAAUAAAAAUGCUUGAGGUGAAUUUUGGAGUUGACGUUUCCUUCUAUGCAAACACGCCAGCACUUAGAUGUCUCCGUAUGGUUGAUUGUGAUUGGAAUUUCUCCGCAAUUCCAAUAGAAAUGUUCUCCUUAGUUGAGGUGCCUAAAGAUAUCAAGGUUAUUGGCGGCAUUGUUGGUCCAAGAGUAAAGUUUAAUAAUUUAACCAAACUUGAACUUCGAUUGGGUGUUAAAUGGCAUUUUCUUGUGGAAUUUCUUGAAGUUGCUGAUAAUCUUCAAGUCCUUAUUGUAACUAGAGUUUGCCAAUGCAAAGAUUUUUAUCGUGAUGUAGGAAUUCGUAAUUCUUGUAUGGAGCCGAAACAAGUGCCUAAAUGCCUACUAUCGUCUCUUAGAACAAUCACAAUUAAGGAACCAAGGUUUGAAGACUAUGAACUUGACCUGGUGCGUUAUCUUUUGAGGAAUUCCAAAGUGCUUGAGAGAAUGGAAAUAUUAGCCCCGAGAGAUGGAUCAACUUCGACUUCGGCAUUCAAAGCGCUUUAG